CUUGUGGUGGGGUCAAUUGUGGCUUUUUUGACCCGUGUGGCGUGGGAAUUGGGUAAAAAUGAGUUUUUUUGUGUGGUCUCUCCACGGGAGAGAUUUUUUUCCUUGUAGACAUUUUUUGCGUGUGAGGUGUGUCGUUUUUGGGCGAUUUUACAGUGAAUCUAGGAAGGCCGACCUGGGGGAGGCCUACAAGCCGGCGACGGUGGAAUCAGAAGAAUUCGAGUGUUGUGAUUAUUUUAAACCGAAAGUCAAGUCUGGGAAGAAGUUUAGUAUGAUUUUGCCCCCACCGAAUAUCACGGGGAGUCUCCAUUUGGGGCACGCUUUGACUGCGACUGUUCAAGACGUGAUUAUGCGCUGGAAACGUAUGGAAGGGGUUGAUUGUGUCUGGGUGCCGGGGAUCGACCACGCAGGAAUCGCCACCCAAGUGGUCGUGGAGAAGCUCCUCUGGACCGAGAAGCGCCAAAGUAGACACGAUAUCGACCGGGGGGCUUUCCAGGCCCGUGUCUGGGAGUGGAAGGAGGAGAAAGAAGCUGUGAUAGAAAGUCAGUUGCGGCGAUUGGGGGCUAGUCUCGAUUGGCCCCGCAGAGUUUUCACCAUGGAUCCGAGACAGUCGCAAGCCGUCGCCGAAGCUUUCGUCAAAUUGUUCGACUCGGGGCUGAUUUACCGCGCCGACCACUUGGUGAAUUGGUCGUGUAGUCUCCAAUCGGCCAUUUCCGACAUCGAGGUGGACCACGUGGAGGUCCCCAAAGCCACCAAGAUCGCAGUGCCCAACUGUGAGAAACCCGUCGAGUUUGGGACUUUGACGCGAUUUGCUUACAAAGUUUGCGAUUCGGAUGAGGAACUCGUGGUGGCCACAACGCGGCCGGAGACCAUGUUGGGGGACGUGGCGGUGGCGGUGAACCCCCGAGAUGGACGAUAUAGUCGAUUUGUUGGGCGCUAUUUAUGGCAUCCUUUCAGGAAGGAGAAAAUUCCGGUCAUUUGCGACGAUUUUGUCGAUCCGGAGUUUGGGACUGGCGCCGUGAAGGUGACUCCGGCCCACGACCCCGUCGACUUCGAAGUGGGCAAACGGCACUCAUUGGCCCUCCUCCAAGUGAUCGAUGAAAAGGGCAAUCUCACCCCCGUCUGCGGCGAAUUCGCCGGAAUCGGAAGAUUCGCAGCGAGAGAAACUCUGAUUUCACUCUUGGACGACCAGCGACUGUUGAGAGGGAAAGAGGACCACAAGAUGCUUGUUCCAAUUUGCAGCAGGUCCAAGGACAUCGUCGAGUAUCUAGUCAGGCCUCAGUGGUUCAUCAAGUGCGCGGAAAUGGCCAGAGAGGCCGUCGAGGACGUCGAAACGGGCCGAUUGAGGAUUGAACCGAAACAUUUCGAGAAGGUCUGGUUCGAUUGGCUCGCCAACAUCAGGGAUUGGUGCAUCUCGCGGCAGCUCUGGUGGGGCCACCGCAUCCCUGCGUACUCCUGCCGCCCGCAGGACGGCUCCGCUCCUGCAAUCUGGGUGUCCGCCGGCGACCGGAACGAGGCCGCUCGCAAAGCCUCCGCUCGCCUCUCCUGCCCCCACAUCGAAAUUCAGCAGGAUGAGGACGUCCUCGAUACGUGGUUCUCAUCGGCGCUUCUCCCAUUCUCGGUGUGGCCGCAACAGGACUCGCAUUAUCCUUUGGAUUUGAUGGAAACCGGACACGACAUCCUGUUUUUCUGGGUGGCCCGGAUGGUCAUGUUGGGCAAACAGCUGACGGGGCGGUUGCCCUUCAACAGGAUCCUCCUGCAUGGGAUCAUCCGCGACGCCCACGGCAGGAAGAUGUCGAAGAGUUUGGGGAACGUGAUCCUGCCCGAGGACAUUAUUUCCGGAGCCACGAUGGAGAAACUGGAAGCGGGGUCGAGGCAGAGUCACGAAGCUGGGAUUUUAUCGGGGGAGGAGUUGACAAAAGCGCUGGAAGGUCAGAAGAAGAUGUUUCCUUCCGGAAUUCCAGAAUGCGGAGCGGAUGCGCUCAGAUUUACGCUCUGUUCGCACAAUAUUAAGAGUCAUUUCAUCGAUUUCGACGUGCAAGAGUGUCACACGAACAGAUUGUUCUGCAACAAGAUCUGGCAAGCGACCAAGUUCACCAACAACGCUGUGGAGAGCGUCAGGGACGGGCUGGGGCCCAUAGACACCCAUCAACUGGGUCUAAUGGAUCGCUGGAUUCUGAGCAAAUUGAGCGGAAUGGUGGAUGUGUGCCAGCGAGGGAUGCAUAAUCACGAUUUCCAUCUUGUCACAGCGGCGAUCAAGGAGUUUCUCUACUUCCAAUUCUGCGACGUGUAUUUGGAGACGACCAAGAGGGCUUUCAAACUGUCAGAGAGCGGAAAUGCCGCCGGACAUUGCUGGACCUUGACGCAUUGCCUCGAUACGGCCCUAAGAGCCCUCGCCCCCUUCAUGCCGCGACUGGCACAACAUCUGCACCAAAGACUUGAAACCUACCCGGGGACAAAACGCGACUUCAGCUACCCUCAGAAUUUGGACUUCCGAGACACACCCUUAGAAGACGACGUUUCCAAGGUGUUGGACGUCGUCGUGGGGAUUAGACGCCUGAAGAAACUCUUCGGAAUCGCAGCCAGACACAAAUCUGAGGUUUAUUUAUCGGGGGAUGAUGCGUUUUUUGCGCCUUUCCUCCCCGUCGUGGAGACCCUUGCCGCCUGCCCCUCUGUGGGGUUCACACCGCCCUCCCAGGGCACCGUCUGCGACCGAGUCGGCGACACCCUCAUCCAGCUCGUCGUGCCGCCAGAAUUACGCAAAGCCUUCGAAUUAGAUUUGCCGAAAUUGGAGGAGAAAAAGGCGAAAUUAGUCAAGGAAUUGGGGAAAAUGAAUAAGAUGAUGUCGGGGGAGAACUACAAGGUCAAGGCUACCCCCGAAGCGCAGAAAUCUCACGCCAAGAAGAUUGCCGUGUUGGAGGAGAAGUUGUCCCGGAUAAAUUACAUCCAAACUCUCGCGAAACAGUAAUUGUAGCUUAAUUUUGUACAUUACGAAAUAAAUUGUUUCAAUUU